UGUGUGGAGCACCAACGUUACUUCCUGCGGCUCCCCGGUGGAAGCUGCUGCUGCUCCGCGUUGAGAAGAAGCGGCGGACGUGAUUAUCCGCUUCACCCCGUUAGCUCAUCGGCUAAUGGUCUGCAUCCGCGAGCGAGGAUAGCAAUGGGAAGCCGCUGGAGCUAGUGAAAGUUAGUCACGGCGUACGUCGGGACUUUAAUGUCCGCAAACAUCCCAAAAGGAGGUUCGCGUAUCAUGCCGUGGCCUCGAGGGGGAUCUUUAUUGUAGAAUUCCUACUUGGAAAAGGCUAGCUCAGGUGCUAGCGACGCUACAAACGAUUUCUAAUUGGCUUUCCGCUCAAUGGCUCUCGCUUGUUUUUCCCUGUCAUAGCGACAGCUUGGGAAAACUGGGAGAGGCCCUGGGAACUUCAUGACAAACCAAAGCCUGGCGCUGAAGCACAACUUCGGAAAACUUGACUGGCGAGGGACCGAAAAUGAAGAAACAGUUCAAUCGGAUGAAGCAGCUCGCCAAUCAAACUGUUGGCAGAGCAGAGAAAACAGAAGUCCUCAGCGAUGACCUCCUACAGAUUGAACGGCGAAUGGAGCUGGUGCGUGUGGUGUCUCACAAUACACACAAAAAGAUGGUGUCAUGUCUGCAGGGACACAUUGGAGCAGAUGCAGAGAAGAGACAUUCCGUACCACGCCUGUAUACAGGAAACGGUCAGAAAAAGCUUCCUCUCACCUCACUGUCACAGGCCAUGGUGGAAGGAGGAAACCAGCUGGGGGAGGACUCUUUGAUAGGGAAGAUGAUGGAAGUGUGCGGCGAGGCAGAGAAUCGUCUGGCAUCAGAACUGAUGCUACACGAGCUGCAGAUAGAGAAGGAUGUUCUCGAUCCUCUCAGCCAGCUUGCAGAGGUAGAAAUUCCCAACAUCCUGAAGCAGAGGAAACAGCUGGCCAAGUUGGUGCUGGACUAUGAUUCUGCCAGAGCGAGGUGGUUGCAGGCAACCAAGUCAAUAAUCUCAGGAACAAAUACUCAAGCACUGACGGCCAAGGCCGACCUGCUCAAGGAGGAGGUGGACGAGGCUAUGAACAAAGUAGAGCUCUGCAAGGACCAGCUUGCUGCAGACAUGUACAGUUUUUUCUCAAAAGAAGGCGACUAUGCCCACUACUUUGUGACGCUCUUAGACGCUCAGGCUGAUUACCACAGAAAGUCUCUCACUGUUCUGGAGAGUGUCUUACCGACGAUCCAAGCUCAGCAAGACUCGUGGAUGGAGAAGCCUGCGUUUGGCAUGGCUCUGGACGAUCACCUGAAAAGGAGCGGGCGGGAGAUCGCUCUACCGAUGGAGGCCUGCGUCAUGAUGCUUCUGGAGACGGGCAUGAAGGAAGAGGGUCUAUUCAGAAUCGCAGCUGGUGCAUCCAAGCUAAAGAAGCUGAAGGCAGCUCUGGACUGCUCCACCUCACAGCUGGAGGAGUUCUACUCAGACCCCCAUGCUGUUGCUGGAGCACUUAAAUCCUACCUGAGGGAACUACCUGAACCUCUAAUGACCUACCAGCUUUAUGACGAAUGGAUCCAGGCUUCCAGUGUGUCAGACCCAGACAAACGGCUGCAGGCACUCUGGCUUGUGUGUGACAAACUACCUAAGAGCAACAAAAACAACUUGAGGUAUCUGGUGAAGUUCUUGGCUAAACUAGCUCUGGAGAGCGAGGUGAACAAAAUGACUCCAAGCAACAUCGCCAUCGUCCUAGGUCCCAACCUGCUGUGGGCUAAGACUGAGGGGAGUCUGGCUGAGAUGGCUGCAGCUACUUCUGUACACGUGGUGUCCAUUGUUGAACCCAUCAUCCAGCAUGCUGACUGGUUCUUUCCUGAGGAUGUGGAGUUCAACGUGUCCGGUAUGUUUGUGAUGCCCACACCGGCCUCCAACCACAACAACCACCAGGAUUAUGACUGCGGCACCAUCGAGAGGAAGAGGCCCGGCAGCGUGGUGGCACCGGAGAACGAUGCAGCACGCAAAGACAACAGCUCUAACAAGCACUUGGACCACACCCUUCGUAGAGGCAGUAGCACCUUAGGUAGAAAGCAGCACAUCUCACCUGCCUUCCAGCCUCCCUUACCCCCUGUGGAGGUUCAGGUACUGGGACACGGGGCGGGGCAGGCCGCUCAGACCCCGACUGAAGCCCAGCCACCAGCCCCACAGGGGGGUUGUGGGUUUGACACAUCCCAGCAUAGCUUGGCACAGAGUCUGGCUGCUCUGGCAGCCGCUCAGCAGCUCCUGGCUCAGCACACGGAGGAGCUCAGCAACCCAAAGCUGCGUGACUCCACCCCCACCCCCGUGCUUCAGAGGAAUGGCUCUGGCGGAGGCGGCUCGGCUGGAACUACCGGGACCGGAUCCAUGGGGCCGAGUCCACAUUUGAUGCGUCGUGGUACCAAGAAGCAGGCCCCUCCCCCUCCCAAACCAUCAAACCCCCCUCCCAGCCAGCCUUGCAGCUCCACUAGCUCAGUCCCUUCCUCUGGCUCGACCCAGUCUCUCAGCCCCACCACCAGACCCUCACCCAGCCACUCUCCCACUUCCCCUGCCUCUCCCACCUCCCAGCCCUCUGCCACGCCCCGACGCCACUCCAACAACCAGCCUCCGAUCCAGGCGCCGAGCCACCCGCCUCCAGAACCCCCCACGUCUCAGCCUGCUCCUCAACCCGGGGAUGACCAGCCCUCACCUCCAGGAACCCCGUCCCCUCCAGACACGCCUCCUCCACAGUCCGCCACCAGUCAGGACGUCACCGCUCCUCUGUCUCCCCAGCAGUUGGGCUCACUUCCCCGACCGCGGCCGGUCCCCAAGCCUCGGAACAGACCCUCCAUCCCCCCGCCCCCCCAGCCCAACACACUGAGCGGUGACAGCAACGGGAUCUGCAGCUCAGCCUACAAGAUGAUGGGUUAGAGCUGCACUUGUGAGAGACCCAGCGAUGCCGUUCAAGGGGAUCAGUCGAGCUCUAGUCCCUGAGCUCGCUGUCGACCAGCAGCCAGUGACGGUCUCCCCCUCCUCCUCCUCUUCAUGCCUGCUUCAUCCCAAAGAUUACAACCUGGACACCGAGAGCACGGUCCUUUAAGGAGAAAACCAAACAUCCCGACCCUAGAGCCCUGAGCAGAGUCUUUCUCUUUGGAUCAAGGAUGUUUUUGUUUGUCUACAACAGAAGAUCUGUCUCUAGUAAACCAAAGGACCUGAUCCAUAUUUAUCACUCAUUACACGUUCAACACACACGAUUUGAAGCAGAUGUAACUGCAGCUCCAGUCAUCUCUAACAGAUGUGUGUUUUCAUCAGAUUUGUCUCUCCUCAGUUGUUAACCGACAGAUUACGGUUGGCACCAGAUGCAGAAUGUGAGGUGACAAAUCUCUGAAACGCGCGCACACACACACUGCCGCCUCUGUUCUUUACUACCUGUGCUGCAGAACAAGCUUGAGACAAUCAGCAGGUGGGCUGCCAGACGACGCUUUGCCAGAAUCUGAUGGAGACUCGGAGUGAGCUGAGAGGGGUCACAGUGGCCUUUGAACACAGCCAGUGGUGUAGAAACCAAAAGUGAAGCUGAUGACGGCAGGUUUCCAGUCAUCUCGGACUCUUGAUUCACCUCCACAUCUUUAUGGUUUUCCUCCUCGCUCUUCUAUUUAUUUACCAGUUUAUAAAGAACACGCAUUCCCCGUGGCUUGAUAGUUAAUGCAGUUCCACAUGCCUUAUCGGUUCCUAACAGAACCACAAUAAACACAUCUGCUGUAGGGAGCAGACUCGGUGCUGCAGCAUGUCUUAAGGCGUUGUCUUGGUAACCGUUUCAGGGAUGCGAUGGAGGAGGUUGGAGCUCUAGCAAUAGAAGUUUGUAUGUAAACGUGUUUUGGGGUUAUAUGAGCAGAAGUAGCAGGAUGAGACGACCCCCCCACCCCGAUUGCAUUAGACAGUAUUUAUCUCUGCGUGACUUCGUCCUUUCCUGUUUCGUUCGCAGGAAGCAGCUCAGUCUGAGUCAGAGUGAAUGUAAGGACAGAUGUUGUUUUACCAGCUGCAUCAUCCUGAGCAGAAGGAUGCAAAAACAAACUGAUGUUGCACUUGUGUUGAUUAAAUAAAAGCUUCUUCCUUUCCUGUCUCACCCAUUGAGCUGAGCUCUCGUGUUUUCUCAGCAGUGACGUGGGUUGGAUUUGUUUCCUUGUGUAUAAACUUUGCUUUAGUUUGGUUCUGAAAGAACCGAGCCAAUAUGGUACCAGUGGAGAAGUCUCUGAUGCUGCAUCUGACCCGAAAACCAGUUUUCAGAGUCGAUCACAGCUUUUCUAUUUUCUCCUGUACCUCGCUGCCUUAUCCCUUUGCAUAUGAGAGCGUGUGCCCUUUAAGAAAAACGCCAUUAAACCAGAAGUGAUGAUGCUGCAUUUUCAUGCUCUGUUUAGUUUUUAUGCUGGCUGGUAAAUGGGAAAAACUUGUACACGAAGCUUAAUUUUACCCUCUUUCCAAAGAAAAUAAAGUAUAUGAAGACCUGC